UGACAAAAAUACACGAACAAUGUUUGUUGAAAAAAACUAAUUUUAUUUUUUUAGUGUAAUUUAAUUUUUUUCAAAAAUGCAAAAAAUUGCUGCUAUUGUUAUAUUUGCAACAAUUGUUGCUCUAGCAUAUUCCAAUAAUUCCUCAAUCUCAGUUUGCAAAAAAUGUAAUCAUUUUAAUCAAUUACUAAAUAAUCUGGCCCACUUGGAUGUAAAAUUAAAAAUAGACACUUUUGAGGCUUUGAAUAUUCCUGAUUUACUAAAAGAAUGUUCCUCCUGCAAGAAAACUUUAGGACAUGACGUAUCUUUUAAUAAAAAUACAAUUGAAAAUAUAUGUCCUGGAAUGAUUAGAAAAUGCGACGAUCAUGCAAAAUGUGUACCAAUUGUAUCUAAUCAGUACUUGUGCAGGUGUCUAGUUGGCUAUGCAGGCAAUGGAUGGAAAUGUGGAAUAGACUCGGACAAUGAUGGAUAUCCAGAUGAGGCACUCAAAUGCUGUUCACACGAGUGUAGAGCUGAUAAUUGUCCAAAAAUUUCAAACAGUGGUCAAGAGGACACCGAUGGUGAUGGAAUUGGCGAUCUUUGCGAUCCUGACGCUGACAAUGAUGGAAAACCAAAUAAUGUCGACAAUUGUUGGUUGAUUGUCAAUCCAGAACAAGUGGAUACUGACAAGGAUAAAAUAGGUGAUGCCUGUGAUAAUUGUCCAUUUAUUCCAAAUUUCUAUCAGGAAGACAUCGAUAAAGAUGGAAUUGGCGAUGUCUGUGACACGGACAUGGAUGGCGAUGAUAUUUUAAACUCAAAUGAUAAUUGUCCGAAAGUGAGUAACAAGGAUCAGAAAGAUUCGGAUGGCGAUGGAGUUGGUGAUGCUUGCGAUAAUUGUCCAACUGUCAAGAAUCCUAAUCAGGAAGAUAAAGACGAUAAUGGAGUUGGCGACGCUUGCGAAACUGGAAAAGAUGCCGACAAGGAUGGUAUUCAGGAUGAUUUUGACAAUUGUUGGAAUGUAACUAAUGCCGAUCAGAAAGACACUGACAAGGAUGGAAUCGGCGAUGCCUGUGACGAUGAUAUCGACGGCGAUGGAGUUCCCAAUAAUGUUGACAAUUGUAUUUUCGUCUACAAUCCUGAUCAGACAGCGACACACUCAAACACAGAAAUCGGCGACGCAUGUUGGAAUGACAACGAUAAUGAUAAUGUCAUUAACAUCAAUGAUAAUUGUCCGAAUAAUAGUGACAUUUGGACAACGGACUUGAGGAAAAUAAACACUAUUGCUCUGGAUCCGACAGUUGGUUCCGGACAGGAGAAUCCUAAAUGGGAAUUCAAUAAUGACGGAAAAGAAAUUGUACAAAAGCUUAACAGCAAUCCUGGAAUUGGCGUUGGUUUAGUAAAUUUCGGCGGUGUUGAUUAUGAUGGGACAUUUUUCAUAAACAAUGCAAAUGGUGACGAUGAUUUUGUUGGCUUUAUAUUUUCCUAUCAAAGCAAUAAAAAAUUCUACGUUGUCAUGUGGAAGAAGGGACUGCAAAAUUAUUGGGUCAAUACACCAUUUCCAGCACGUGGAGAUCCGGGAAUUCAGAUAAAAUUAGUUGAUUCAAAAAGUGGACCGGGACCAAUGUUACGAAACAGUUUAUGGAACACUGACGGUCAUCCUGGAGAAGUGAAACUUCUUUGGCAUGAUCCAAAACGAAUUCCUUGGGAACAAUUUGUUUCCUAUCGAUGGAAUCUCGUUCAUCGACCCUCUAUUGGAUUAAUAAGACUCAAACUUUACAGUGGACAGGAAUUAAUUGCCGAUUCACAGAAUAUUUUUGAUAAUACCCUGAAAGGAGGAAAACUCGGCGUUUAUUGCUUCUCACAGGAAAAUAUUGUCUGGUCCAAUAUUGAAUACAAAUGUCGAGAGACUGUCACAGAAGAAAUUUAUCGAGAUCUAGAUCCAAAAUUGCAGAAAAUGAUUUCUAAGGAAUAGUUAUUAUCAAAACAAACUAGACAAGUAAGAAAUAGAUAAUAAAUUAAUUAACGAAAAAAAUUAUAAAUUAGAUAAUUGACUAA